CCUUUGUCAUUGAGGUGAACCGAUCCAGAGAAGAAUAAUCCCAAGUGCCACUUGCACUUUGAGAUGGACAUUUUGACCUUUCUAGGGUUAUUGAGUUCUCUAAUAGGUUCCGGAGCUUCCGUACAGAGUGAUUACCUCAAAUUUCCCCAAGGAUUCAGCAUCGGAACAGCCUCCUCCUCUUAUCAAGUCGAAGGAGCCUGGAAUGCAAGUGAUAAAGGAGUGAGCGUGUGGGACUGGUUCACACACGAGAAAAAUGAGUUCAUAAUUGAUGGAUCAAAUGGAGAUGUUGCAUGUGAUACCUAUCACAAGUAUAAGGAAGAUGUUCAGAUAAUGAAGAAUAUUGGGUUGAAGCAUUAUCGUUUUUCACUGAGUUGGACGAGAAUUUUACCGAACGGAUUUCCGAACAAAAUUAGCCAGGAUGGAUUGCAGUAUUAUAAGGAUCUUAUUGACGAGCUGCGGUCGAACGGGAUCGAGCCUUUCGUUACGAUAUACCACUGGGAUCAUCCGGAAUUCAUGAAUCGCUUCGGGUCAUGGACUAAUGCACUGAUGGUGAAAUGGUUCGCUGAGUAUGCCCGAGUUGUCUUCAGGGAGCUUGGGCCUAGAGUUAAAUUCUGGACUACUAUCAAUGAGCCGAACAAUUACUGUGAACAGUCUUCCGGGGGCAAGAGCCAAGCACCAGGAAUGGAUUUAGCAUUCUCCGGAAGCUAUCUCUGUCUUCAUAAUCUCCUGAAAGCCCACGCCAGAGCUUACCAUAUUUACAACGAGGAGUUCAGAGCUACGCAGAAUGGAAAAAUUGGGAUAGUCAUGCCGUGCAGACACAAUUUUCCCAAAUAUGAGAAUGACACUGAAGCAGCGAGAAUAGCAUUUGAGUUUGAUUGUGGCUGGGCGGCGAAUCCCAUAUUUUCCAAGAAUGGAGAUUAUCCAGCAGUGAUGAAGCAGAGGAUUAAAGAGAACAGCCAAUUGGAGGGUUUACCAUUCUCGAGAUUACCUGAAUUCUCACCUUAUUGGAUCAAUCUUAUAAGAGGAUCAUCUGAUUAUUUUGGACUCAAUCAUUACACGUCCAAGAUGGUUGAAUCAGUUCCAAGGAAGAGGGGUACUCCGUGGUACCAGGAGUCUGGCGUAAGGGUGUUCGUCAAUGAAAGUUGGCCUGAAUCGCCCACUAACUGGCUGCGUGUCGUUCCUGAGGGCCUCGGAGGUGUUCUCAGAGACGUCAAAGAAGCCUACGGCAAUCCACCAGUUUAUAUACUAGAGAAUGGAGUUUCAUCUUAUCCAGGUGUUGCCGACUACAACAGAAUCGAAUUUUUGUACGGCUACAUGAAGUCAAUGCUUCUAGCUAUGAACCGAGACGGUUGUAAUGUCAAAGUUUAUACUGUAUGGAGUCUCCUGGACAAUUUCGAAUGGGACAGAGGAUACACUGAGCGCUUUGGACUGAUCGAAGUGGACUUCACACAUCCGAACCGCACGAGGACUCCUAGGCUCUCAACAGGGUGGCUUAAGAAAAUCAUUGCCAAAGGGCGAUUGAUAGCGUUUAAUAAUACUGAAUUGAGCGUAAAUUAUCGCGCAUUUAACAUGUGUACAGGGAACUAAUUACGAUAGAAAAUAUUUCAGCAACGCUAUUGGAAUUCCAUAUGCGGAACGUCCUAAUUAACUAUUACUCAGCUAAUUAAUAUUGUUGUGUAGAUUAUAAUGUAUUUGACAUAUAUUUAGAAAAUUAAUUAUGAAAGAAAAUAUUCCAGUAAAUCAUGACACUUUUGCUUAUCAGCUUCGUCAGCAGUUUUUAUAUCUUGAACGUCCUCGUCAAUAGUUGCUUCGUCAUAUUGUUUUGUGUCGAAAUACUUCGGCUGACUGGUUAUGUACAAUAAUCAGUUGCAAGUCAACCUGGAACGGAUAGCUUUGGGUAUAAUAAAAACGAUAUUUUAGGCAGAAAAAAAUAUAUUUCUUCGCAAUAACCAUAUAACAAUUGAAGAUUUAAUUGAACCUGAUGUGGCUGUUUGCACUUGUUUAAGUGCAAUCAUAUUAAUUAUGAAUAAAAGGAAAAAAAUGGACUGUA